AUGACGAUAUUUGAUCGCGAACGAUUAAAAUGACAGCACGAUCCACUUUUUCGGAAAAAUCGUUACAUCGUCCUAUAUAGUGCACGACACGUUAUAUCCGUUGCUGGUCUUUUGAUUUCGUCAACAUCUGUGCGAUAGAUGGCGCCAAGUUAACAAACUCGUGUAUGUUGCUCGUAAAUUUAGUGAGAUUAAGCGACGCAGUCAGUGACGAUGGAGGGAAACGCGGAGCAGUUGGUCCCUAAAAAAAAUUCAACAUCUGUAAUAUGGAAAUGGUUUGGUUUUUCCCCAACAGACACAGCGCAAACAGCAGUUAUUUGCAAAUGUUGCAAUGAUAAGAUUCGCACGUCGGAUGGCAACACAACGAACCUUUUUAACCACCUCAAAAGAAAGCACCCGAAAGAGUAUGCCGACAGUCAAAUUAUAAAGGGACCCCACGCGAGAACAUCAGGUACAACCAAGCAGCCAGAAACAAGGCUUAAAAAAACGACUUUAACGAAAGAUGCAUUUGAGAAAGGAACGCCGUAUGACAGAACGAGCAAGCGCUGGAAAGAUGUAACUGAUGCGGUGACAUUUUACCUGGCCAAAGACAUGAUUCCCAUAAAGACUGUGGAAAAUGAGGGCUUUAAAAGACUGCUCAAAGUCGUAGAUCCACGUUACGAAAUACCCAGCCGCAAAUAUUUUUCUUCCACGGCCAUUCCACAGCUUUAUUCCGAGUGUCGCAGCAAGAUGCAAAACAAAAUUCAAAACGUAAAGUUUUUUGCUACAACAGCUGAUUUAUGGUCUAGCCGUACGUCAGAGCCUUAUUUAAGUCUGACGAUUCACUUUAUUCAUGACUGGAAGUUGUGCAGUGCGUGUCUAGAAACAACAUAUUUCCCACAAGAUCACACGGGCGAGCUCAUAGCGCAAGGCCUCAGGGACGCGCUUGAAUGUUGGGGACUGAACGAAGCAAACAUGACCUGUAUGACGACAGAUAGCGGGGCCAAUAUGGUGAAGGCAUUGGAGCUCAACAGCUGGACUCGUCUGCAGUGUUUUGGGCACAGACUCCACCUAGCCAUCGAAAAAAGUGCCAAAGACCCUCGUGUUGAACGUGUAACAUUGGUCUGCAAGAAAGUCGUCAGUACAUUCUCCUUCAGCUGGAAGAAAAAGAGGGACUUAAGUAAUGCUCAAACUGAGCUAAACGCUACCUCAACAGAAGCUCAUCACCGAGUCCCCAACACGAUGGGGUUCGAGACUCGACAUGAUCGAGAGAGUGCUUGACCAGGAAAAGGCCAUUUCUCAGGUCCUGAAGGCAGACAAGAAGACUAGGCAUUUGGUCCCGUCAUGGCAAGAUGUUGACGUAAUGGAGUCUGUGAAAAAGGCAUUGAGUCCACUGAAAGACUUUACUGAUGCACUCUCAGGUGAGGAUUAUGUGAGUAUAUCUUAUGUAAAGCCAGUGCUUCACCUGUUGAAAGUCAACAUUUUGAGCCUGAAUGAUGAAGACACUGAACUAACAAAAACAAUGAAGACAAGCAUUCUCGCAUACCUCACUGACAAAUAUCAGGACCCCACCACUGAUGACCUGCUGGACAUGGCUUCGCUUGUCGAUCCCAGGUUCAAAACACAAUACAUAGACAAAGACAA